UGUCGCAUGCUUAUAGAUUUGACAAGUCUGAACGCUGAAAAUACAAUAGUAGCAUUGUUUCAUUUCAAAUGUAGCAAUAAUGAAUUUAAUAAAAUCAAUUUCAAAUGUGUCCAGUGUGGCGGUUAGGUCUAAUCGAUUCCAGUGUACAUUGGUUAGAUUUAAAAGCAGCAAAUCAUUACGAAAUUUGAACUGUGAACCACAACAAUUGUUACGGAAAACUCAAAUCCCGGUGCUGACACAAUGUUCUCAACGAUUACUUCAUUCAUCACCAAAACAUGAAAACAGUUUUCAGCCAAAUGCGUCGUUAAUCGUAAAGAAACGGCCAUUACGUAAGAAACGGCUUGAAAUUGAUGGUGAUUUCAAUGUAUUUGCCUAUGCAACAGCUGAAGAAUAUGACCUUGAAUCACUGCACACAUCUUUAACUAAGCAGAAUUUAUAUGAAACAAAAAGGUUCUACACCGAAUCGGGCGAGGAUGUGUUGCACGUGCGGUCAAAAAUCAAUAUCGAACCAGAAGCGCGGGAUAUUUUCUUCUUUCGUGAAGGUAGCGUGGUUUUAUGGAAUUGUGAUGAAUUUGAAACGAAGAAUAUUCUUCGCAAUUUGAAACAAUUUGAAAUUAGUUCGUACGAUGAAGCGAUGAUUAAAGCAGAAAAAGAGAUAAUGAAAUAUGCGUAUGUGGAAAAUCAAGCGGGUUGUUUAAAAAAUGAAACAUUUUUUGUGCAACAAAAUGGUGAUGCUGAUUUGGAAAAAUAUACAUUUUCAAAUGCAAUGGUAGGCUCGGUCAAAUUGGGCAUAUGGGAAGCAAUGCUUGAAGACUAUAUUGAUGGACUGGCUGAUGUUACAAGUGAUUUAAAGAAUGGACGACGCAUUAAAAUGUCACGAUCAUUAAUUUUACGAAAAACCGGCGAACUAUUUGCACUGAAGCAUUUGAUCAAUUUAGAAUCAGAUCUACUGGAGACACCCGACUUUUACUGGGAUCGAGAAAAACUGGAACAACUUUUCAGCAAAACAUCCACCUAUUUCAGCAUUUCAAAACGCAAACGGACUAUUAAUGAAAAGAUCAACCAUUGCAUCGAACUGACUGAAUUGAUUUCAUCGAAUUUGAACGACGCACAUCAUGUACGACUGGAAUGGAUGAUUAUCGUUUUAAUUAUGGUAGAAGUUGCAUUUGAAACAAUCCACUAUAUUGAUCGGUAUGUUGCCGCUGGUGUUGAAACUAAUACAUCAAAAGAGAAAUUAAGCUAGAUUUUUUUUGAUUAACAAUCAAUUCGAUUAAUAGAUUUUGCAUUUUGGAAAUGUAUAGAAUUGUUUUUUAAGGUCUGUGUUACAUUAAAUGCGUUGCUAAUAUAAUUUAUUUU